AUGGAUUUUGUAUCAGGUUUACCCUUUACUUUUGCUGGUUAUGACUCCAUCUGGGUAAUUGUGGAUCGAUUGACUAAGUCAGCGCAUUUUCUUCCGGUAAAGACUACCUACUCUAUAGCAAAGUAUGCAAGAGUGUAUCUGGAAAGGAUUGUCGUCUUCACGGCCUCGGUUUCCAUAGUGGUCGAUAGGGGCAAUUUACUUCAAGGUUUUGGAAAAGUUACAAGAGGAACUUGGUACCAGGUUGGACUUCAGUACGGCCUUCCAUCCUCAGACGGACGGACAAUCAGAAAGGACUAUUCAGACCUUAGAGGAUAUGCUUCGGAUGUGCGUGAUAGACUUUGGUGGUCAAUGGGAUUGGUGUCUCCUAUGCGUGGUGUGUUGCGGUUCGGCCAGAAGGGCAAAUUGGCACCUCGUUAUGUGGGACCCUUUGAGGUUAUUGACAGAAUUGGAGAUGUGGCAUACAUGCUGGACUUGCCAGCGAACUUCUCGCAUGUGCAUCCGGUAUUCCACAUAUCGAUGUUAAGAAAGUAUAUUUCAGACCCUUCGCAUGUGUUUCAACCACAAAAUGUGGAAGUUGGUGAAGAUUUGACUUUCGAGGAGCAACCAGUCAGGAUUGUGGAUACUCAAGUUCGCCAGCUGCGCUCUAAAAUUAUUCCGAUAGUCAAAGUUUUGUGGCGGAAUCAUUUGUCUGAAGAGUGUACCUGGGAAACUGAGCAGGAAAUGAGAAGUCUCUACCCUCAUUUAUUUCAAUCCUAA